GAGCUGACGACAGCGAUCCAGGACUACUUCGUGGCGCGGAACAAAGAGCACGACAAAGAAAUCUGCCGUUCCUUCGACGAUAUGUCCACUAAACUGAGUCAGGUAACGGAUGUGACUGCGGAGAUUGUCGAACUGAGCAAUUACCUGCACGUCUGCUCCUCCCAGACGAUGACGCAGCUACUACAGGAAAUACAGAACGCCACCGACCGUCUGAUGUUCCUCCUUCAGUUCGGUCGCGUCCCUGAAGACCAGGUGUCCCUAAUCAACCGGAUGUACGCGUGGCCCCACAAGAUCCAGGAGGACUUUCGUCUGGCGGAGGCGAGGCUCUCCCACAAGAGGGACGUGAAGGAGACGGCUCUCAAGGCACGGGUCGCCACCUUCGAAAACACGCUGACCGUGUACCACAAGGAGCUCGAGGACCUGCGCGGGCGAGACAACUUCAUCAUGAAGGAAAUCCGCGUCGACACCAUGAAGAGGAACGUGGAGCUGCUCGACCGCCUCACCACGCAGCUGCAGGACGCCAAGGCCGAGCUGCAGGGUAUUAACGAGGAGCAGAGUCUGCUGAGCUGGGAGAUGACCAAAUUCCCGCUCCUGCAGGCGAUGGUGGCGCAGAAGGAGCCGUAUGACAAACUGUGGCACACGACCUACGAUUUCCACCAGAAGUAUGAGCAGUGGUACAACGGUCCCUUCGCCGGGCUGGACGCGGAGGCCAUCAACGAGGAGGUGGAGGCCAUGUGGAAGACGAUGUUCAAGCUCACCAAGACGUUCAUGGACCAGCUGAGCGAGCACCUGGGGACGGAGCUGAACCUGGCCCCCGAGACGUCCCUGGGAGACAUGAUCGAGGCUGGCCUGCCCUCGGUGCAGAGGAAGCUGGAGGAGAUCAGCCACGCGGCCUCCAAGGAGUUCAGCCUCGAGAAGGCCCUCGAGAAGAUGAAGGGCGAGUGGGCCAACGUCGUGUUCGAGUUCAAGCCCUGGAGGGAGACGGGCGUGAGCAUCCUGGCCGCCGUCGACGACAUCCAGGUGCUGCUGGACGAACACACGCAGAAGGUGCAGACGAUGCGCGGCUCGCCCUACGUCAAGCCCUUCGAGGCCGAGAUCCGCGCGUGGGAGGAGAAGCUGCUGUCCAUGCAGGACAUCCUCGACGCCUGGAUCAAGUGCCAAGUGACGUGGCUGUACCUGGAGCCGAUCUUCUCGUCCGAGGACAUCAUGAAACAGAUGCCUGUGGAAGGGCGCAAGUUCACCCGCGUCGACGCCACCUGGAGGGAGCUCAUGGGCACAGCGGUGAAGGACCCUCACGCCCUCGUCGCCACGGAGCAGCCUAACAUGUUGCCGAGAUUGCACGAAUGCAACCGCUUGCUGGAGGAGAUACAAAAGGGACUCAAUGAUUACUUGGAGAAAAAACGCCUAUUCUUCCCAAGAUUCUUCUUCCUGUCCAACGACGAGCUGCUGGAGAUCCUGUCCGAGACGAAGGACCCCCAGCGCGUGCAGCCUCACCUCAAGAAGUGCUUCGAGGGCAUCAGUUCCCUGCACUUCUCGCCGCAGCAGGAGAUCGAGGGCAUGAUAUCAGCGGAAGGGGAGCUCGUCCAGUUCAGCAACCGGGUCAUUCCUGCCAAAGCUCGGGGCCUGGUGGAGAGGUGGCUGGUGGAGGUGCAGGAGAUGAUGGUCCAGAGCAUGCAGGACGUGACCAUCCGCGCCGUCGAGAACCAUCCACUCUCGGCGCAUCAGCAGUGGAUCACGCAGUGGCCCUCGCAGGUGGUUCUCACGGUGGCUCAGAUCGUGUGGACGAGCGAGAUCACCAACCUGCUUCCCGAAGGAGGGCUGAAGGGUUACUUGGACGUGUGCAACACCCGCGUGGACGAAGUCGUGGCCAUGGUGCGCGGGAAGCUCGAACACGGGACUCGCCUCACGCUCGGCUCACUCAUCGUGACCUACGUCCAUGGGCGCGACGUAGUCCAGGAACUGAUAAGGAAAAGCGUUUCGUGUGACAAGGACUUCUCGUGGGUGGCUCAGCUGCGUUACUACUGGGUUAACGAACUGGUGCAGGUUGACAUGAUCACGACCCGCCUCCAGUACGGCUACGAGUACCUGGGCAACACCUCCAGGCUGGUCGUCACUCCCCUCACUGAGCGCUGUUUCAGGACUCUCAUGGGCGCCCUCAACAUGCACUUGGGCGGAGCUCCCGAAGGCCCGGCGGGCACGGGCAAGACCGAGACGUGCAAGGACCUGGCCAAAGCGGUGGCCAAGCAGUGCAUCAUCUUCAACUGCUCGGAAGGACUAGACUACAAGGCAAUGGCCAAGUUCUUCAAGGGUCUGGCCCAGAGCGGCGCGUGGGCGUGCUUCGACGAGUUCAACCGCAUGGAGCUGGAGGUGCUGUCCGUAGUGGGCCAGCAGAUCCUGACCAUCCAGGCGGCCGUGGCGAGGAGGGCGCAGCGCUUCAUCUUCGAGGGCGUCGACCUCGUGCUCAACAAGACGUGCAACAUCUUCAUUACCAUGAAUCCCUCUUACAUGGGGCGUCGCGAGCUGCCAGACAACCUGAAGGUGCUCUUCCGGACGGUGGCCAUGAUGGUGCCGGAUUACGUCCUCAUCGCCAAGAUCUCGCUCUUCUCCUUGGGCUUUGUGCAGGCCGACAGUCUGGCGAGGAAGAUCAUAGACACGUACAGGCUUUGCUCGGAACAGCUGUCGUCUCAGCAUCACUACGACUACGGCAUGAGGGCGGUGAAGGCCGUGUUACUGGCAGCUGCGAACCUCAAGCUGCUUAUGCCUGACCUGCCGGAGUCCCAGGUCGUCCUCAGGGCCAUUCAGGAUGUUAAUCUCCCUAAGUUCCUCGCUCAGGAUAUCCCUCUCUUCGAAGGCAUUGUACAGGACUUGUUUCCCUCUGAGAAGGACAGCAACAUCAUGACGGAUCCAGCGCUGGAGGCCGCUCUCAAGAACACUUUGGCUGAGAAUAACUUACAGGACGUCCCUUACUUCCGCGAGAAGAUGAUCCAGCUGUUCAACAUGAUCCUCGUGCGCCACGGGGUCAUGAUCGUGGGAGAGCCUCUCAGUGGGAAGACGAAGGUGUACCAGGGUCUGGCCAGCGCGGUGGAUAAGGUUGGCCGCGAGAGGAAGAUGGGCGACGAACGCGGCGUCCAGUUCAAGAUUAUCAACCCUAAGGCGCUCACGCUCGGUCAGCUGUACGGCGCAUACGACCCUUUUUCCCACGAAUGGUCGGACGGCGUGCUCGCGAAGACCUUCCGGGAGAUGGCGACGUCGAACUCGGAGGAGAGGCGGUGGCUGGUGCUGGACGGGCCUGUGGACGGGGCCUGGGUCGAGAACCUCAACACGGUCCUGGACGAUAACAAGAAGCUGUGUCUCAUGUCGGGAGAAAUCAUACAGAUGCCAGGCAAGAUGAGCGUCAUGUUCGAGACCUCUGACCUGGAGCAGGCGUCCCCGGCGACCGUGUCUCGCUGCGGAAUGAUCUACAUGGAGAACAAGCAGCUGGGUUGGAGGCCGCUCAAGGACUCGUACUUGGCCGCCCUUCCCGUGGCGGUGACAGACCCUGUGAAGGAGAUGGUGAACGAGGUCCUGGAGUGGCUGCUGCCCCCCGUCUACGACUUCGUGAGGAAGAAAUGCAAGUUUAUGAUCCACACUUCCGAGCUUCAUUUGUUUCAGUCCUUCUCACACCUCCUGGACUCCCUGCUAGACGAGGUCCGAGAAGCCGGGAAGCCCCUUGGACCCAAAAUCUCAGAGGACAAGAUGACGACGCUCCUGCAGUCUCUCAUUGUCUUCACUAUCCCGUGGACCAUCGGUUCCACUAUCACAGGCAUGAGUCGACGCCUCUUCGACCAGUACUUCCGCAGCCUGGUUCUCGGCCGCUACGAUCGCUUCGCCAAGCCAGAGUGCUUCAAGCUGACCAAAGGGAUGCUCCCCCCUGAGAGCGGUCUCGUGUAUGACUACCUAUACGAGCGAGAGACACAACGUUGGGUACCCUGGUAUGAUACCAUUGAUAAGGAGAGACUCGUUAUCCCUCCCGACGCUAAGUUGUCAUUUCUGUCUGAAUUGCCACUGAUCCAUCUUGACACGCUUUUUGCAUGCAAUUUCCUGCUCCAAAUUAAAACCGUGCAUGUGAUGUCCCUCUUCGAUCACCCAAGGAUGAGGAGGAGAUGGGGUUGUAUUACUUGCAGUAGCAGAAGAGGUUGUGGAGGAAGGCCUGUUGCAUGUGCAAUACAAUUAUCUAGUUCUGGUAGACAAUCACAACAAGCUAUGAGCAUCAUCAUUACGAUAAAGAAACCCAACCCAGCCCCUUACCCUUCGCCCUUUCACCCUUUACCCUAUCCGAGCACUCUGGGGUCUCCUCAGGUCUCGACGCUCCUGAUCCCAACGGCGGAGACAGCGCGCCUUGAGUUCUUCCUGAGGACCUGCCUGGACCACGACGUUCCCCUGCUGGUGCUGGGUCCCUCGGGCACGGGCAAGAGCGCCUCCACCACGAGCCUGCUGGUGGAUCUCCCGAAGGACAAGUUCAUUGUCAACAUCGUCAAUUUCUCGGCCAGGACGUCUGCCAGCCAGGCGCAGGAUAUCAUCAUGUCCAAAGUAGACAGGCGGAGGAAGGGCGUGUUCGGGCCGGCCAUGGGCAGGAAAUACGUGGUGUUCAUCGACGACGUGAACAUGCCGCAGAAGGAGCCGUACGGUGCGCAGCCUCCGAUCGAGUUCCUGCGGCAGUGGCUCGACCAUAAGCACUUCUACGACAAGAAGGACACGUCUAAGAUCGAGCUCGUGGAUUCGCUAUUCGUGGGCGCCAUGGGUCUCCCGAGCUCCGGCCGCAACACCAUCUGCGGGAGGUUCACGCGGCACCUCAACGUGAUCUGUAUCGACGAGUUCGACGACGCGACGCUCGACAAGAUCUACGGCUCGAUCGUCAAGUGGCACUUCGCGCAGCACGAGGAUGCGGCCAUGCAGAGCCUCGACAAGGCCGUGGUGGAGGCGACGCGGCAGGUGUACAAGCGGACCACCACGACCUUCCUGCCGACGCCUGCCAAGAGCCACUACGUCUUCAACCUUCGCGACUUCUCCCGCGUCGUCUCGGGCAUCCUCCUCGUGCCCAACAGCGCCCUCAGUUCCUCGGAGAAGCUGGUGCGACUCUGGCUCCACGAAGUCUACAGGGUCUUCCACGAUAGACUGUGCGAUGACGAGGACCGACAAAAAUUCCUGGGCAUCGUGCGCGAGGUGGCGGAGUCGGUGUUCGGACAGAAGCUGAGACACGUGUUGGGCCACAUCGUCACCGAAGGGGAAGACGAGGUCACGCCCGAACACCUCAGCCGCCUUAUCUUCGGAGAUUUCAUGAUUCCUGAUGCUGAGACGAAGACUUAUGACGAGAUCCAGAGCAUGAGCGACCUGACGCAGAUGACGGAGAACUACCUGGAGGAGCACAACACCGUCAGCAAGUCGAGCAUGUCCCUGGUCAUGUUCCACUACGUGAUCCAGCACGUGGCGCGCCUCAGCAGGAUCCUGAAGCAGGACUCAGGCCACGCGCUCCUCAUCGGCUUCGCGGGGUCGGGACGGCAGAGCGCGACCAAGCUGGCGACGUUCAUGGCGAAUUACGAUCUGUUCCAGAUCAAGGCAACGAAGGGCUACGGCGUGGCGGAGUGGCGCGAGGACAUCAAGCGUGCCCUCAUGAAGGCGGGCGGCGAGGGGCGUCCCACCGUGUUCCUCCUGACGGACACCCAGAUCAAGGACGAGGCCUUCGUCGAGGACGUCAACACCCUCCUCAACACGGGGGACUUGCCUAACCUCUAUUCGAACGAGGAGAAGGCGGAGAUCCUCGAGAAGAUCCAGCUGGUGGCGAAGGAGGAGGGCAAGAAAAUGGACGCCUCGCCACUCACUCUCUACGGAUACUUCAUCGACCGCGUCAGAUCCAACCUGCACCUGGUGCUGGCGGUCUCCCCCGUCGGCGACACCUUCAGGACGAGGCUCAGGACCUUCCCGUCGCUCAUUAACUGCUGCACCACCGAUUGGUUCACGCCUUGGCCCGAGGACGCCCUGGAGCGCGUAGCCCACAGCCUCCUACAGGACGCCCAGCUGGAGCCUUCCCUUCUGCAGCGCUGUGUCGAGGCCUGCAAGUUCUUCCACCACACCAUGGACGUUCUUGGGGCCAGAUACUACGAGGAGCUUCGCCGCUGGUGUUACGUCACGCCGACCUCGUACCUCGAGCUCGUCCUCACCUUCAGGCAGCUCCUCCUCAAGAAGCGCUCGGAGAUCCUCACGCUCAGGGACAGAUACGUAACGGGCUUGGAGAAGCUGAAAGAAGCCAAGCUCUUGAUCACGGAGCUGCAGGAGGAGCUGAAGAUGCUGCAGCCCCGCCUGGUAGAGACCUCGGCGAACACGGAGGCGCUCAUGAUCAAGAUCGAGCAAGACACCAUCCAGGUCGAGAGGAAGAAGGAGCUGGUGGCGGCGGACGAGGCCGUGGCCAACCGGAAGUUCGCCGACGCGCAGGCCAUCAAGGACGACUGCGAGAAGGAGCUGGCCAAGGCCGUGCCCGCCCUCAACGCCGCCACGGACGCCCUCAACACCCUCAAGCAGGACGACAUCCGCGUGGUGAAGGCCAUGAAGAACCCGCCGUCGGGAGUCAAGCUGGUGAUGGAGGCCGUGUGCGUGAUGCUGGAGGUGAAGCCAGAGCGGAAGCCGGACGCCACAGGAUCCGGCAAGAUGGCCGAGGACUUCUGGGCUCCUUCGCAGAAACUCCUCGGAGACAUGAAGUUCCUGCAGAAUCUCUUGCAGUACGACAAGGAGAACAUCCCCACCAAGAUCAUCUCGGUGGUCAGGACGAAAUUCUACUCCCACCCCGACUUCGACCCCAAGAAGAUCCGCAUGGUGUCGAUGGCGUGCGAGGGCCUCUGCCGUUGGGUCCGCGCCAUGGUGGUGUACGACCAGGUCAUCAAGAUCGUGGCCCCCAAGAAGCAGGCUCUGGAGGCCGCUAACUACGAAUUGGCGCUGCAGAACGAGAAGCUGGAGGAGAAGAGGAAGGAGCUGAGAGAGGUCACAGACAAACUCCAGGCCCUCAACGACGAAUUCACCAAGAAGCAGAAGGAGAAGAAGGACCUCGAGGAUUCCAUCGUCAGGUGCGAGCAGAAGCGAGACCGGUCCGAGAGGCUCAUCGGCGGCCUUGGAGGGGAGCGAGACAGGUGGAGCGACGCCGCCCAACAGCUGAGUGAGAGUUUGGAGAAUGUUGUUGGCGACGUGCUGAUUGCCGCUGCCGUCGUGUCCUACCUGGGGGUCUUCACCGUCGAUUACAGGGAGGAAUGCCUAGACAAGUGGCACCAUGGAGAUACAAAUGUCCUGUCAGAAGAGAUCUCGGCGAAGGAGGAGAUUGUUCAGCAGACGGAGCUCGAGAUUGACGGCGCUCGGUCUGCCUACCAACCCGUGGCCACACACGCCUCCGUCCUGUUCUUCUGCGUGUCCGAUAUGGCAGCUAUAGAACCCAUGUACCAGUACUCUCUGGGUUGGUUCGUUAAUCUCUAUCUGCAGUCCAUCAGAACUUCAGCCACCAGCGAGGACGUCGAGUCGAGGAUCACGCUGCUGAACACCCAUUUGACAAGGGCCGUCUUCCUCUCCGUCACUCGAUCCUUAUUUGAGAAAGACAAACUCCUCUUUUCUUUCAUGCUGUGUGUGAGGAUCCAGCAGGCGGAGAACAAAAUGGCUGAGGACGUGUGGAAAUUCUUACUGCGAGGAGGCAGAGGCUUGCUAAUGAACCCCCAGGGGGCACCGCCUUCGCCCUGGCUCACGCAGAAGGCCUGGGCGCAGUUGUUCCAGGCAGGGCAGUGUGAAAGUCUGUCGGGCGUGCAUGACCACAUAGCCGAGCAUUCGUGUGCGUGGGAGGAAGUGUACAACUCCCCUGCGCCACAUCGAGCUCCUCUGCCCGCGCCCUUCCACGAGCUCCAGGGGCUUCCAAGGGUUGCUCUUGUCAAGUGUCUGCGCCCUGAUAAAGUGACACUAGCUAUCCAGGACCUCAUCGCGAACCAGCUGGGUGAGGAGUACCUGUCGCCGCCUCCCUUCAGUAUUUCGUCGUCCUAUGAUGACUCUACCUGCCAGACGCCGCUCAUCUUCCUUCUGUCGCCAGGCACCGACCCGCUCACUGCACUCUACAGGUUUGCUGAGGAGAAAGAGGUUAACGAAGAGAGUCUUCAGGUCAUUUCACUCGGCCAAGGUCAGGGCGCGGUGGCAGAGGGAAUCAUCCAGAGCGGGGCUGAGCUGGGCUGGUGGGUCGUGCUGCAGAACUGUCAUCUGGCCGACUCGUGGAUGCUGCGUCUGGAGAUGAUCUGCGCCAGCAUCCUCACCGCGGAAUCCACUCAUCCCAGCUUCCGUCUGUGGCUCACGAGUUACCCUUCGCCGUCCUUCCCUCUCUCGCUGCUCCAGGAAGGCAUCAAGAUGACCAACGAACCGCCUCGAAGCCUCCGCGCCAACCUCCUCAAAUCGUACCACAGCGACCCCAUUAACGACCCAGCCUUCUUCGAGUCGUGCCCCAAGCAGAAGCAGUUUCAUCGCCUGCUGUUCGGCCUCUGCUUCUUCCACGCGCUCAUCCAGGAACGCAGGAAGUUCGGUCCCCUCGGCUGGAACGUCCCGUAUGAGUUUAAUGAGUCCGAUCUCAGGAUCAGCGUGAGGCAGCUGCAGAUGAUGCUGAGUGCCAACGCGGAGGAGGCGCCGCCCUUCGAGGCCCUCACAUACCUGACGGGCGAGUGCAACUACGGCGGGCGCGUGACCGACUCCCGCGACCGUCGCCUCCUCGUGUGCCUCCUCGCCGGCUUCUACAAUCAGGAAAUCAUCGAUGAAGAGGACUACAGGAUCAGCGCCCUGGACGAGUACCGUGCCCCGUCGGCGGGGAGCUGGCAGGACUACGUGGACCACGUGAGCCGCCUCCCCCUGUCCGCGCCGCCAGCGGUCUUCGGCCUGCACGAGAACGCGGACCUCGCCAAGGACCACAGGGAGACGGACCAGCUGUUCCGCGGCGUGCUGAGCCUGGAGCCGCACCUGAGCGGGCCUGCGGGCGGCGACGCGGCGGCCACGGUGCUAGACCUGGCGUGCGAGAUCCUGUCGCGCCUCCCGCCGCAGUUCGACCUCGCCCUCGCCGAGCGCAGGCACCCGCUCUGCUACAGGCAGUCGCUCAACACCGUGCUCAAGCAGGAACUCCUCCGCUACAACCGGCUCCUGUCGACGCUGAAGAGCUCCCUGAAGGCCGUGAAGAAGGCCGUGAGCGGGGAGAGCCUGAUGUCCGACGAGGUGGAGAGCACGUACCACUCCCUGGCGGUGGGCCUGAUCCCCGCCGCCUGGGAGAGCCGCUCGUACCCCUCCAGGAAGGGCAUCGCUCCCUACGUCAGUAAUUUGCUUCACAGACUGAAAUUCUUCCGGCGGUGGAUAGAGGAAGCCAUACCUGAUAUCUUCUGGUUUUCGGGCCUCUUCUUCCCCUAUACGUUCAUGACGGCGAUACGGCAGAACUACGCCAGGAAACAUAAAAUCCCCAUUGAUAGAAUUCACUUCCAGUUCAAGGUGAUGGACAAAGAAGUGAGUGACAUCAUCGGCGAGUGCAUCCGCCCGAACUUCGUGGAGCUGCCCGAGGUGAUCGAGCAGCUGCCAACGCCGUCGCUGAGGGGCCUUUGUCAGCCUCCGGACACCGACCGGGAAGACGAAUCGCUCGGGGAGGAUGAGGAGGCCGAAGGAGGCGACGGCGGAGGAGGAGGGGGGAAGGGAGGAGGGGGGAAGGACGGCAAGGGAGGAGGGAAAGGAGAAAAGGGAGAAGGAAAGGCGAAAGGCGACGACGGGGCAGGAGCGGCGUCGGCCGAGAACAAGGAGGCGCAGCAGGCGGACGGCGCACAGGACGGCGAGGGCGAAGAGGAAGCCCAAGAGGACGCGAAGGACGCCGGCCAAGAGGACGAGAAAGAGGACGACGUGAUUUAUCAGGUCAUUCCUCGACAGGCGGAUGAAGGAAUGUAUACAUGGGGCUUCUUCCUGGAGGGCGCCCGCUGGGACCGCGAGCAGCGCUGCCUGGUGGACAUGGUGCCCAAGCAGCUACAUGACCAGCUGCCCAUCAUCCUCUUCCAGCCCGCGCCCAUGCCCGAGGAGGAGGAGGGAGGACCCGCCGCUGUUGAGGAGGAGGUCCCUGGCAUGUACCGCUGCCCCGUGUACCGCACCAGCGACCGCAGCGGCACCAUCUCCACCACAGGGCACUCCUCCAACUACAUCCUGGACCUCAUCCUCCCGUCGCAACUCCCGCAGUCUUAUUGGGUCGCUCGGGGGGCCGCCGCCCUCACGCAGCUCGACGACUGAGGGAGCACGUCGAGAGAUGGAGAGGAGGACUUGUUGUGUGUGUGUGUGUGUGUGUGUGUGUGUGUGUGUGUGUGUGUGUGUGUGUGUGUGUGUGUGUGUGUGUGUGUGUUUGUGUGUUUAGACAUAGGUGUUACUGAGAUAGAAUAUUUUAUUCUUGUAUUAUGCUAAUGCUUGUUAUUAGUUGUACGUCCCGACUAUAGUCGCUUCUAUAUAUCAUAUAAAGAUAAUAUAUCGUUGAUAUAGUUUUAGAGAAACCAUUAAUUUAUGUAUAAAAACUAGUGCAUAUUAGUGAAUUAUAUGUCACAAGACGAAGACCUGCCUUUGAACAAUAGAUUGCAAAAGUGACCAGAAGCAAGUUUCCCUAUCUUGUACAGCAAUUGCAACGCUAUGCAACCUUGUCUAGUGCUUUCUACAGAUACAUUCCCCUUGCGAACUAUUCUUCUGUUGAUUUAGUAUUCUCACCUGUUACCUGAGAGUAACAGUUGCUUGAAGAUGCUUAGCAUAAGAGAAAACAUCGGUACUCAAAUAGCGUUACGCUUACUAUGCCACUUACCUUCAUAGAAUCACUUACCUUUAUAAAAUAACAAAGGGAAGAGCUGUGAAGUCUUGGACGGGCCUUAUAGUUAAUAGAGUGCUAUUCUACGAAUUGCAGGAAAGUAGAAUACCCUUCAUGAUAGUUGAAUAUAUUACAUGUAUUGUUACCG